UUUUCUCUUCUUAUUUGUAGAAUAAUACCGCAACUAAAGCAAAUGUAAGAAAAUGAAAGCAUCUUUUUAAAGUAGCAGAGUGCCCCUCUUCACGAAAAACGUACACUAUAGCCCUGUGGAACAUUUAAAUUUGAUGUGACGCUUGUGCGUAUUGAUAUAGAACUACUUUCGACAUCCUCCUCACCCGGUGGCCGCCAUCUUAUACUAAUCGAACUGUUAGACAGUGAAGACAGCCACCGGUAUAACAGAAAGUACGCCUUGAACACACACUGCAUCAGGUGCAUGAGAUCCUGAGACAGCCAAGAAAAGCAAGAUGGCACAAAUACUGCCGAUUAAGUUCCAGGAGCAUUUACAGCUCCAAAACAUUGGUAUCAAUGCUGCAAACAUUGGAUUCAGCACCUUGACUAUGGAGUCGGACAAGUUCAUCUGUGUCCGAGAAAAAGUGGGUGACACUGCACAGGUUGUCAUUGUGGACAUGAAUGAUUCCUCAAACCCAAUUAGAAGGCCAAUCUCUGCAGAUUCUGCCAUUAUGAAUCCAACCAGCAAAGUUAUUGCACUUAAAGGCUCCUCUGGCGAUCCCAACCAAGCUGGCAAGACAUUGCAGAUUUUUAACAUUGAGAUGAAGAGCAAGAUGAAGGCCCAUACUAUGACAGAUGAUGUCACCUUUUGGAAGUGGAUCAGUGUCAACACUGUGGCUUUAGUUACGGAAACUGCUGUUUAUCACUGGAGUAUGGAGGGUGAUAGUCAGCCACUGAAGGUGUUUGACAGGCAUUCCAGUUUGUCCGGCUGCCAAGUUAUCAACUACAGAACAGAUGCCAAGCAGAAGUGGUUGCUGCUUAUUGGCAUUUCUGCACAGAACAACCGUGUUGUUGGUGCUAUGCAGCUGUACUCUGUGGACAGAAAAGUGAGCCAGCCUAUCGAAGGUCAUGCAGCCACUUUCCAUGAAUUCAAGAUGCCAGGAAACAGCCAACCUUCAACACUGUUCUGUUUCGCUGUGAGAGGAGCCCAAGGAGGAAAGCUUCAUGUAAUUGAAGUGGGACAGGCCCCUCAAGGCAAUACAGCAUUUACCAAGAAAGCAGUUGAUGUGUUCUUCCCACCAGAGGCACAAAAUGAUUUUCCAGUUGCCAUGCAGAUCAGUCCAAAGCAUGAUAUAAUCUUUUUGAUCACCAAGUAUGGAUACAUCCACUUGUAUGAUAUUGAGACAGGGACUUGUAUCUACAUGAAUAGAAUCAGCGGAGACACAAUUUUCGUCACAGCUCAGCAUGAAGCUACAUCUGGAAUCAUAGGUGUCAACCGAAAAGGACAGGUGCUAUCAGUUAGCAUUGAUGAGGAGAAUAUUAUUCCAUACAUCAACAACACUCUACAAAACCCAGACCUGGCUUUGAGAAUGGCUUCUCGUAACAACUUACCAGGAGCUGAGGACCUGUUUGUCCGCAAAUUCAACAACCUGUUCCAGAGUGGCAACUAUUCUGAAGCUGCAAAGGCUGCAGCUAGUGCACCCAAGGGUAUUCUAAGGACUCCCCAGACCAUCCAGCGUUUUCAACAAUGUCCAGCACAACAAGGCCAGACAUCCCCUCUCCUGCAGUACUUUGGAAUACUCCUGGACCAGGGCCAGUUGAACAAGUAUGAGUCCUUGGAGUUGUGCAGACCAGUGCUACAACAGGGGAGGAAGCAGCUGCUGGAGAAAUGGCUAAAGGAGGAUAAGCUGGAAUGCAGUGAGGAGUUGGGAGAUCUUGUCAAAGCUCAUGACCCAACUUUGGCUCUGUCAGUAUUUCUUAGAGCCAAUGUGCCCAAUAAGGUAAUUCAAUGUUUUGCUGAGACUGGCCAGUUCCAGAAGAUCAUUCUAUAUGCUAAGAAGGUUGGCUUCACCCCAGACUACAUCUUCCUGCUGCGUAACAUCAUGAGGAUCAACCCAGACCAGGGGUUACAGUUUGCCCAGAUGAUGGUGGCUGAUGAUGAGCCCAUGGCUGAUAUCAACCAGGUGGUUGAUGUGUUUAUGGAGAUGAACAUGAUUCAGCAGUGUACUUCAUUCUUGCUGGAUGCCCUGAAAAACAACCGCCCCAGUGAGGGUCCACUGCAGACCAGGCUGCUGGAGAUGAACCUGAUGCAUGCACCCCAGGUUGCUGAUGCCAUUUUGGGCAACCAGAUGUUCACCCAUUAUGACAGAGCCCAUGUCGCCCAGCUGUGUGAGAAAGCUGGUCUCCUACAGAGAGCCUUGGAACAUUACACAGACCUGUAUGACAUCAAGAGAGCCGUGGUUCACACUCAUCUCCUGAACCCAGAGUGGCUGGUCAACUACUUUGGCUCUCUGUCUGUGGAGGACUCCCUGGAGUGUCUGAAGACUAUGUUGCAGGCCAAUAUUCGUCAGAACCUGCAGGUGUGUGUGCAGAUUGCCACCAAGUACCAUGAGCAGCUAGGCACAGUGGCCCUCAUUGAGAUUUUUGAGUCUUUCAAGAGCUUUGAAGGAUUGUUUUACUUCCUUGGCUCCAUUGUGAACUUCAGCCAGGAUGCUGAUGUGCACUUCAAGUACAUUCAGGCAGCCUGCAAGACUGGACAGAUGAAAGAAGUGGAGAGGAUCUGCAGAGAAAGUAACUGCUACGAUCCAGAGAGGGUGAAGAACUUCCUCAAGGAAGCCAAGCUCACUGACCAGCUUCCACUGAUCAUUGUAUGUGAUCGCUUUGACUUUGUCCAUGACUUAGUUCUCUACCUGUACCGCAACAGCCUGCAGAAGUAUAUUGAAAUCUAUGUACAAAAGGUGAACCCAUCACGUCUCCCAGUUGUUGUUGGAGGUCUGUUGGAUGUGGACUGUGCAGAGGAUGUCAUCAAGCAGUUGAUCAUGGUUGUUAAAGGGCAGUUUUCAACUGAUGAAUUGGUGGAAGAAGUGGAGAAGAGAAACAGACUGAAGCUUCUCCUUCCCUGGUUAGAAAGUAGAGUGCAUGAAGGUGUGGUUGAAGCCCCAACUCAUAAUGCCCUGGCCAAGAUUUACAUUGACAGCAACAAUAACCCAGAAAGAUUUCUCAGAGAAAAUCAGCACUAUGACAGCCGUGUUGUUGGCAAGUACUGUGAGAAGAGAGAUCCUCAUCUUGCUUGUGUGGCUUAUGAAAGAGGACAGUGUGACAUGGAGUUGAUCAAAGUGUGCAAUGAGAACUCGCUAUUCAAGAGUGAGUCUCGCUAUCUGGUGAGCAGAAGAGAUCCUGAACUCUGGGCCCAUGUUUUGAAUGAGGAAAAUGAAUACAGAAGGCAACUUAUUGAUCAGGUUGUCCAAACUGCACUGUCUGAGACCCAGGAUCCUGAGGACAUCUCUGAGACUGUCAAGGCGUUCAUGACCGCUGACUUGCCCAAUGAGCUAAUAGAAUUGUUGGAAAAGAUUGUACUGGAUAAUUCUGUCUUCAGUGAUCACAGGAAUCUCCAGAACCUGUUGAUUUUGACUGCAAUCAAAGCUGACCGCACCAGAGUAAUGGAGUACAUCAAUCGUCUGGACAACUAUGAUGCCCCUGACAUAGCCAACAUUGCCAUUGGCAGUGAACUGUAUGAGGAAGCUUUUGCCAUUUUCAAGAAGUUUGAAGUCAAUACUUCUGCUAUACAGGUGUUGAUAGAGCACGUUAAGAACUUGGACCGUGCCUAUGAAUUUGCUGAGCGUUGCAAUGACCCAGCAGUGUGGAGCCAGCUGGCCAGAGCACAGUUGAAUGCUGGACUGGUCAAGGAGGCUAUUGACUCUUACAUCAAGGCUGAUGACCCAUCUCAAUAUAUGGAAGUGGUAGAUGUGGCCAGCAGAAAUGAUAACUGGGAGGACUUGGUGAAAUUCCUUCAAAUGGCUCGUAAGAAGGCCAGAGAGACCUUUAUUGAAACUGAACUCAUCUUUGCCUAUGCCAAGACCAAUAGAUUGGCUGACCUGGAGGAAUUCAUCUCAGGUCCUAACCAUGCCAACAUUACACAGGUUGCUGACCGCUGUUUUGACAACCAAAUGUAUGAGCCUGCCAAGCUUCUGUACAAUAAUGUUUCCAACUUUGCCCGCUUGGCUAUCACUCUGGUGCAUUUGGGAGAAUACCAAGGAGCCGUUGACAGUGCACGCAAAGCCAACAGCACAAGGACAUGGAAAGAGGUAUGCUUUGCCUGUGUUGACAAUGAAGAAUUCCGCUUGGCCCAGAUGUGUGGUCUGCAUAUUGUAGUCCAUGCUGAUGAACUGGAGGAGCUUAUCAAUUAUUACCAAGACAGAGGAUACUUUGAAGAGCUUAUAUUACUCCUAGAAGCUGCUUUAGGCCUUGAAAGAGCUCACAUGGGCAUGUUCACAGAAUUAGCAAUUUUGUAUUCUAAAUACAAGCCAGAGAAGAUGAAAGAGCACUUGGACCUUUUCUGGUCGAGGGUUAACAUUCCAAAGGUUCUGAGAGCAGCAGAGCAAGCUCAUUUGUGGCCUGAGCUGGUUUUCCUCUAUGACAAAUAUGAAGAGUAUGACAAUGCCAUUAUCACCAUGAUGAACCACCCAACGGAAGCAUGGAAAGAGAACCAUAUGAAGGACGUCAUCACUAAAGUGGCCAAUAUUGAAUUGUACUACAAGGCCAUUCAGUUCUAUUUGGAUUUCAAGCCCCUCCUACUUAAUGACUUGCUUCUUAUACUAACCCCAAGGCUAGAUCACACGCGAGCUGUCAACUUCUUCCAGAAGGUGAACCAGAUACCUUUAGUCAAGCCAUACCUGCGUGCCGUGCAGAGUCAUAAUAACAAAGCCAUUAAUGAGGCCCUUCAUAAUUUGUUAAUAGAAGAAGAAGACUAUCAAGGACUAAGGGCAUCCAUUGAUGCUUUUGAUAAUUUUGAUAACAUCGCUCUGGCGCAGAAAUUGGAAAAGCAUGAGUUGAUAGAGUUUAGACGUAUUGCUGCCUACCUCUACAAAGGCAACAACCGCUGGAAACAGUCAGUUGACUUGUGCAAGAAAGAUAGGCUCUUCAAGGAUGCAAUGACCUAUGCUAGUGAAUCAAGAAACAUUGAUACAGCAGAAGAAUUAAUAGCCUGGUUCUUAGAGGACAAGAACUAUGAAUGCUUUGCAGCCUGCUUGUUCCAGUGCUAUGACCUGUUACGCCCAGAUGUCAUAUUGGAGUUGGCCUGGAAACAUAACAUCUUAGACUUUGCAAUGCCUUAUAUGAUCCAGGUUAUGAGAGAGUAUAUAACAAAGGUUGACAAACUAGAACAAGCAGAGUCAGUGAGGAGUGAAGAAGAGGAGAAGAUCACAGAACAGCCACUUGUCAUGGGCGAUCAGUUGAUGAUUACUGCUGGUCCAGCUAUGAACAUGGGAAUGCCACCACAGGGUAUGCCAUAUGGGUACCCAGGCAUGCCACAGGGGAUGCCAGGUUACCAAAUGUAAAGGGAAGUUGGGCUUGAAUGGAGCACAAACUGAUCAACAGGGGCCAAGCAGUGGGUGUAAAAGAGAUGAGGAGGACGUGAAUUGCAGCUUCUGGGGUUGUGAUGCCAUUAAAUCAUUGACUUCAGAAUGCUUGUGAUAUAUCAAAAUUCUAUGAAUGUGGCUUGUUGAUAUAGUUCUGGAAAAGAAGAAGCGGUGACAAUGAAAUUACUUUUUAAAAAUUUGGUGCUUCUUCAGCGACAAAAGCCGCCUUACUACCAUAGUUAAAUUCCUGUAUUUUUAAUGUUCCUGGAUCUGGGAUCAGUCUUCUUGCUUGGAUUGUGACGAUUAUAUCAUCAUUACGAAUUAUUGUAAGAAGAGAGAUAUAAAAACAAAUAAAACAUGGUUUAUAAGUAUGUAAGUCAUACAUUGAACAAUGGACAUUAGAUAUGUAUCUAUUAGGGAAAGCAGAUAACAUUGUAAUAACAGAUGUGAUGUAUCAUUUAGUUGAAUUUAGAGCUUUGAACUUUAACGUCUUAUGAAGGAAAUCUUGAUUAGAGACUAUAAAAAUGUGAUACUGCAUUGAAGUUGUAGAAAAUUUAUGCUUGUAAUGUUAGAAUAUAUGUUUGUACAUUGAAAGUAAUGCCAAUGAUAACAGAGAAAGGGUCGUGUUUGGACAGUAAACUGAAAGACACUGUGAAAUAAUGCCAAUAAUAAUAAUAAGAGGUUUUGUGUGUAGGAGAUCAAGGAAAAUUGCAGUUUUGAUUUGGUGUCUGUCUGUCUGUCUUGUUCUGAUUGGGCUAUUGUGUGCACUUUAGAAAGCUGUUAGGCAAGGGGCAAAUGGGUUAAUGGAAGAGCUCCAGGUGAAAUGCCAAUAACUUGACAAUUAGCAUUUUACUGCUACUUGCAUUUAAACCUCUUGGUAACCAGACUAUAUGUGAGUAAUAAAAUCUGUAGUGAACCAGAGGUAGCACUAGCAAUUGUCUUGCACUGUGUAAUUUAUUGAGCUGUACAUUCUACUUCCCUUGUUAUUGGUGUGCAGAAAAUCAAAGCAAGACUUUCUUCAUCUGUACAAGUUGAUAUUAGAGGAAAUAAAACAACACUGUACUCA